AUGGCGCCGAGCCGCUUUUCUUCCAUUCCAGAGGACCGUGAAAUACAUCGGGUGGUAUCGUGUACGCAGAUCGAUGACCUGCGCACCAUUUUCGCUGCACGUAAUGGCCGGCUUAAGCGAGAGGAAUUGCGGAAGGUUCUAGCGGCCAUCGGUUUACAGUACACCGACGAGCAGUAUCGAGCGCUGUUUCUGCAGAUCAACACUGAUCACGACGAAUUCUGCCAGUGGGAUGAACUACUUAGCUAUCUGAUCCUGGGCUUCCAGGACGACGAUCCGUUGGCCGUGAAGCAGUCACUGGAUCCUCCAAUCGGCGAAGAGAUCGCACUGAAACUCAGCCGUCAGGUGUAUACGAUCGCGAGGAUAGAUUUUUGCCCGAUGGUUUACUACGAUGGAAGUAUUAGCUGGUCACAAGGACACUGGAUAACGACCUCGCGGGAAGGUGUCAUCAAUUUCUGGACCAAAGAGUGGAAGUCGUCGCUAAGGGCUCGAUCCAAGCCGUCGCGUUUGAAACGCUCCAAAACCUGGCUACUAGAUGCGAUCCCCCUGCCCGAUCAGCGAUCAUUCUGUGUCGCAAGUUUAGAGUCUGAACUGCGGUUCUAUGACGUCGUAGCUGGAUCGUUCAUACUGAAGACGGUAAUCGAGCAGCUACCGCAUCCAAUCAGUGCCCUUGACUACCGGUACGAGCGUGGCCAGCCUAGUCGGCUGCUCUUGGGUGAUUGUGAAGGCCACGUCACAAUGCUGGAGUUCUACCCCGAUCGUAAAGUGGUCAACACUGGGGAAUCCUUUUCGAUCGUAACCUGGGUCAGCUGGAAGGAUGUGAUCAGUGGACGCUAUCCACCACUGGAAGGAACCGAGUAUGGUCAACUGCUGGUAGAUCAAGUGCGCAUGGUUCGCUAUGUCCCGAAGCUUGCUAGUCUUAUUGCAGCCUCGGAGGAGAACCCACUCACGAGACGGAGCGGAUUGAACAAACCGUCCGGUGGUUCACUUCCUACGAUGGUGCUACAAUCGCUGGAAGACCGUAGCUCAAGAGUGUCGUACCAUGUGCCACGCGGUGUCACUUGCUUUGCGUUCGAACCCGUCACCGAGCUGCUGGUGUCCGGUGGUCCGGACUGUGAUCUGAGAUUGUGGGAUAUCCGACGACCAGAGAAACCGUCGGCGGUACUGAGUGGUCAUACGGCAAGCAUCGUGUUCCUGUUCGUGCAGGAUGCUGGAGAGAAAAUUUACAGCCUGGACCAGAAGCGUCUCGUAAAGGUGUGGGACGUACGCAACCGGGUACUGCUGCAGACCUUCGCUGAGCUGACCGUUGUCCUAGGGCUGAACCUUCCGGUUUGUGCGUUUUAUGAUGAACGCGAACGUCAGCUAGUUGUGGCCAACAACAAGCUCGUUUCUCUUUCGUGCUGUCCGGAGAUUCCUCUUGAUCGGACCGAUGGUGAGAGCCAUACUCGACCCAUCUCCGUGCUGCUCUACAACUCUCUUUACAAGCUGAUCAUUAGCUGCGGUCUCGACAGUGUCAUCAUCACGUGGGAUCAUUGCAUGAACCGAAAGAUGAGCCUGAUUACCGACGCGCACACGCAAGUGCGAAAUGGGCUGCAGGAAUCGGUAGAGAUAACGGCCGGAUGUCUGGAUGGUAAGCAGCAACUACUUGCAACCGGUGCCCGCGAUGGUUCGGUGAAGCUCUGGAACAUCAGUGGCCGAACGUGUAUGCGAACGUUCAGCAUGCAAGAAGACAGCGAGGUGACGGCCCUCUUCUGGGUCGCUAAUCGUAUCCUGGCGAUGGGAUGGAACCAUCGUGUGGUGGAGUUCUUUGCCACACCCGAGCAGGAAGCUGAGUAUCCGCGUGGACUACCGUGGCGUAAGCUGCACUCCGACGAUAUCCUGUGUGCGGCCGUCAGCAGUGCAACACCGGAGGCUCUGGCCACGUGCAGCUAUGCUGGCGAGCUGGUGUUAUGGAUGCUGGAAACGGGACAACCGUAUCGACGGUACAAUGCGGCCAACCCUCAUGUCCGCAUUUCCAUCUCGUUUCGCUCGGAGGAAACGGAAAGCACCGAACCGAAGAUAGAUACCAGAAGAAAAACGCUUCGAAUGUCGCUGGCGAGCAGACGUACGAUCGUUCCGAUGAUGGAUUCACGGCGUCUGACGAGGAUCGUUAUGCCGAUGGCUUUGGAGCAGAUGCGAAAGCUGUCCAUACAGGUGCUCAUGUUUCUACGUAAUCGCCCGAUGCAUCCGGGCUUUGGAACACUGCUGGGAUCGCUGGAAACCGGGGUGAUACAGGUGUGGUCACACGAUCCAAACGGAGGCUAUCGAACCCAAUUCAAUGCCAUCCACAUGGCUGGUGAUCGCGUUAUAGCCAUGACAAGCGACGCUUCGAAUCGAUUUCUCUUCACCGGAACCGCUCUCGGCUACAUCAAGACAUGGUACAUCGAGAAUUGCUGGAUUCCCGAUGCGGAUAAAUUCAAAGUGAACAAACCAUCGCUGCGAAUUCGGUUCCCCUUUCUGAUUGACGACGUUAUCCCAGGGAGAGCGAAGCGGUCGGCCCGUUCGCAGCCGACACCGUGGCUGCUGAAUUCCUUCCAGGGUCAUCGUAGCUGCGUUACGGGACUUGUGUAUCUCGAGAGUAGCGAGCUGCUGUUGAGCUCGAGCAGCGACCGUACUGUGCGUCUCUGGACACUGGGCGGACGCUAUAUCGGUUUGCUCGGUAGCCCGGUCAACUGGGAACCGUUGACAGCGGAUUUACCACCGGUCACCGGAUACCGGUUCCGCAUACCACCGGAUCUGCGGCGUGAGGUGAGCUUCACAACGGCGAAGGUACUCCGCGGUGCCAAGGAUUAUCAGCGACAAUUUCAACACUCGUCGAUCGUGCUCGAGCGAUCACGCAAGUGUUUGCCUGCGAUCGAAACCUACGGUGGCCCGCUACAGGAACCGCUGCUCAACACUGGCAUAAUGAAAUUACCUCGCAGAGAGCCGGUACUGCCGACGAUCCGCCUGGAACGUACCUACCCAUCGCUACCACUGUACAGCCAUAUGACGCAGUUUCCGCUGAAAUCCAUCGCACCGGGUGUUGCCACCGAGUUGGAGCAGAUACGGGAAAGGACGAAGAAACUUCAAUUCGCUCGCCUUCCCGAACAACACUAA